CUAUCCCUCGCUCGCCAUGCAGGGCUGCGGGGCGCUGGUGUGCAGUGCGUUUGAGUACAAGACGGAGAAGCUGAUGAUCGCGCGGGACCGCUCGGUCGGGGUGGUGUACCGGCUCAUGCAGCUGGUCAUCCUCGCCUACAUCAUCGGGUGGGUAUUCGUAGUGAAGAAAGGCUACCAGGAGACAGACCCUGACCCUGAGACCUCGGUCAUCACAAAGGUCAAGGGGGUCGCACUCACCAACUCGACGGAGGGGCCUGGCCAGCGGCUCUGGGACACGGCCGACUACGUGAUCCCGCCACAGGGAGAGAGCCGCUUCUUUGUGGUCACCAACCUGGUGAGCACGCCCCGGCAGCGCCAGGGUCUGUGCGCUGAGAACCCCAACGUGCCCGGUGCACGAUGCCAAGAGGACGGGGACUGCCCGGCGGGGAGGACCUUCAACACCGGCAACGGGAUAUGCACCGGGCGGUGCGUGCCCACGAACGGCACGGCGCGUGUGUGUGAGGUGCACGCCUGGUGUCCUGUGGAGAACAGCCCAACGCCCAGGGAGGCCGUGUUGCGAGAGGCCGAGAACUUCACCGUUUUCAUCAAGGUCAGCGUCAACUUCACUCGCUUCAAUGUUCACAGGAGGAACGUCCUGGAGGAAGGGGACAGCUCCUACCUCAAGUCGUGCGAGUUCCAUCCCGAGCGGUCUCCGCUCUGCCCCGUGUUCCGUCUCGGAGAGCUGGCGGUGCGCGCCGGGGCCUCCUUCAGUGACAUGGCCACGCGGGGAGGGGUGAUCGCGGUGCACCUAGCUUGGGACUGUGACCUUGACCGUGACCUCUCAGCGUGCGCCGCGCAAUACCGAUUCUCGCGGCUUGACAGCGAGCGCUCGCGUGUGGCAGCCGGCCACAACUUCCGGUUUGCGCGCUACUCCUGGCAGGACGGGGCCGAGACGCGGAGCCUCCUCAAGGUGUACGGAGUGCGAUUUGACGUCAUGGUGUCAGGCAAGGCCGGCAAGUUCAGCAUUGUGCCCACGCUGCUGAACCUAGGGGCUGGGCUGGCACUUCUGGGAGCGGGCGCAUUUCUGUGCGACCUCUUUCUGCUCUACGCCAGCAAGGAGAGCCCCCAAUACCGGCAGCGCAAGUUUGAGCGCAGCGAGGAGGAUGGGCCUGUUCCACCCCAACAGGACGCCGUGCGGGCCCGUAGCUCCUCGACACCAGGAACAGCCAACUCAAGCUAGCCCCUAUCACAGCCCCCCAGUCUAGCUAGUCCCUAUUAUUUUCCCUAACACACCUCCUUCGUCCAGCUUGUCCCUCUAGCCCAGCCAGCGGUCAUCCUCUUGUCCCCUGACACAGCCCUGCAAUAUCAUUGGGGAGUGUGAUGUGGACACAGCCACAAUGAGAGAUACAAGCAUACAAAACCAGAAUUGUGAAAGUGAAUCCUGACGAUGAUGGAAAUAAUUUCAACUCGUAACGCACACGGUGUUUGCUCGCUUUCAAAGGCAGAGAAGGACUCGGAGGCAUAACCACAGACAAGCGGGAAGGUAGCAGCCAGAUGGAAAGCCUGCGCUACCAACAAUUGCUCGAGGUCUGCAGCCCGCUAUAUAUUAGAUGUUUUCAGCCAAUUAAUGUGUGGGAGGAAACCAGAGCACCUGGAGAAAACCCACACGUUUAAGGGAGCAAGCAGAACUCUCCCCGUACAGAUGUGACAGAGAGAUUACUCCACAUUGUUGUACCUGAUGAUGGUGAUAAUGUACCGCGAUACACAUUUGAAUAAAAUAAGACGCAACAAAAAAA